AUGGAGCUUCAAAACAAUAAACGAAUCAAUGAGUCGGCUUCGCUUAGGCAAAAGUGCAUUGACAAUAUGAUAAUAUGGAUCGAGGAGGAUUCAGCAGCGUCGCGUGCACAGGGAGGAACAGGUGAAGUGCAACUGGUGAGGUUCCUGUUUAUCAUGGCUUUCAACGUGGUUGGCAACCUCAUGCUGUCCAGAGAUAUUCUGGAUAGACAGUCCGACGAAGGGCAGCUGUUCUUUGACGCCAUGAACAAGGUCAUGGAAUGGGCGGGGAAGCCUAAUGUAGCAGAUUUCCUGCCAUUUCUGAAAUGGCUCGACCCAAUGAGGAUCAAGAGGAAUAUGGUGCGGGACAUGGGAGAAUGCAUGAAGAUUAUCUCUGGGGUUGUAAAGGAGAGGGUUGAAGAAAAGCAGUCAGGAAGAGAGAAGAUGGGAAAAGACUUAUUGGAUGUGUUGAUGGAGUACGAAGGUGAUGAAAAAGAGGGACUUGGCAAGAUUUCAGAGAGGAAUGUGAUCAUCAUCAUCCUG